UCUCAAUUGCAGCUCACCACUCUUAAAUAGGUCGAACAACAACCAUUCAAGUCACAAUGAUUAUGAAAUUUCUAUUUCCUAUGUCUCCGUUCAGUGUGAUUUCCUUUAAUCAACAAAAUGUCCUGGAAAGAUGUCAACCGCCAUAAGUGAAUUCUGCACGACGCCGAAGCCGGUCAGUACGGCGUCAUCGCUGUUAUCGCCUACAACAUCGAACAAGUCCUGGGUCUUUUCCGGGCUGCCGAGACAGCCUGCUCCCCCUUAAUCAUUCAAUUUUUCCCCUGGGCAAUCAAGGUCACCGAGGGCUUGUUGGUGCGGACGGCCGCGGACGCCGCCCACCGCGCGAGUGUGCCCAUUAGUAUCCACCUCGACCAUGCACAGUCGGAAACUAUGAUCAAACGGGCAGCUAAUAUUUCCUUUGAUAGUAUCAUGGUUGACAUGUCGCACUUCGAGAAGGAAUUCAACUUGAAGAAGACCCGCGAGCUGGUGCAAUAUUGCAACGAGCGCCAGAAAGCGACUGAAGCAGAGCCGGGGCGUAUUGAAGGAGGCGAGGAUGGAGUCAUGGACACUGCGGGGCUGAAGGCGUGUAUGACAACUGUAGAGGAGGUGGAUGAGUUUGUUGAUACGGGUGUUGAUGUGCUGGCUCCGGCGUUCGGGAACAUUCAUGGUGAAUAUGGCACCCGCGACGCACAAUUGGAUUUCGAAAGAUUCGAGAAGGUUCGCAGCCAGGCAAACGGAAGAGUUAACCUGGCGCUUCGCGGCACGAACGGGUUCACUUCAGAACUCAUGAUGCGCUGCGUGGCCGCUGGAGUGACCAAGAUCAAAGUUAAUCGACUUGUGCUGGAUGACUACUACGACCAUAUUCGAGCAAACGUGGAUAAGAUGCCAAACACUCAGCUUAUUGAAGAGGGCAUUCAGAAGGUGGCGGAUCUGACCAUCAAGUGGAUGGAGAUUUGCGGGUCUACGGGAAAAGCAUGAUGAGAAAUAUAAAUUAUACAUAGAGCUAGACUAAAUGCCUCAAUACUUCGAAUGAUAAUUUGGCAGAUACCUUAUCAGCACACCAG